AUGAGUUGGUCUUAUAGUAAAAUCUCUUUUGAUUGGAAGGCUUCAACUGCUAUGGCACCAAAUGGCGAAAAUAUUGUAGUCUUCGCAUAUCAUGUUUGGGAAGUUAAUUCGGAUGGUAUAUAUAACCAAGUGGGAUCUGACUGGCCAAAUACUGUUGCAGCUACUACUAAUGGCAACUUCAUUUACGCUAUUCGUCCUGACGGAUUCAUUUAUAAGCUUAGAACCUCGAAUUAUACUGUUUCCAAGUGGAUUGACGCUGGUGGUGGAUGGGAAAAAGCAAAAGCAAUUUUUUCUUACAAUGAUCUCAUUUACGUGAUCCUUGACGCUAUCUGGGAAAUCCGUCUUGAUGGCACUUAUAAAAAAGUCCAAAGUGAAAACUGGAGUAAUACUCGAUCUAUCACAGUAAUCGGUGAUUAUGCAUAUUUAGUUCUUGAAAAUGGUAAUAUUUAUAAACUUGAUUUGAGAAAUUGGACCUACCGAGUUCUCAGCAGCGGUUGGUCAAAUACGUUCCUAUUACUUACAUUAGAUAAUAAAUUAUUUGUCUACGAUAUAUCUCUUACAAUGGUUGAUACAGAUACUGGUGAAACAACUAUUGUAUAUAGUGAUAAUUGGAAUAAGAUAUUGGCUGGUUGUGCUACCUCUAGUACAAUGUAUGCUGUUUUUGAUAGUGGAAAUCUUUGGAAAGUUACGAAAUCUUAA